GGGCUUCAAUAUGGCAACACGAGUGUCAUAUAUAUUUAUGUUUGUGCAUCUUUAGUUCUUAUCUCUUGCCCUUUUCUCGAUGUUUCCUCAGUGAUUCCCCGUCCAGUGGAUUCUCACGAUAUGCCGUAAAGAGUUGGGCUGAGCUGGGAAAAUCGUUCAAUCUAGUUUGAGUUCGUGUCACGCGUUAGCAAGAUAAAUACCGAAAGGAGGCGCGAAAUGGUGAUUCACACGCAAGAGCUUCUGGAAGCAGCGGCGGAGCUCGCUGACCAGCAGAAUAUAAGGGCGACUGUCAAGGGGAGCGCCAAGGGGGCGCUCGUGUGCGGCGCGGGAGCCUUCAUUGGUGGGAUUCUGGGCGGCCCUGUUGGCCUGGCCGUGGGAGGAACGGCCGGAGCCUGCACGGCGGCCUACAUGAGUCGGGACAAAUUCCGGCCCGUAAGCCAUAUCAUAAUGCAUGACAUGACAUCGAGGCAGCGCCAGGAACUCGUUGAUCAUCUCCGGGCGGCCAUCAAGGACAUCGAUGCCGGAGAUGCCAUGAUCGCUGUCUCUCUGUUGAUGGGGAAUCCCAACAUUCAGAAGACGAUUCUGCAAACGGUGGUGCGAUACCUCACAAAUCAGAUGCACUUGCAAAUCGUGGACUGAUUUUAGUUAC